AUCUCAAUCAUUAUCAAUUAUUAUUACAAGAGUAGAUGAACUCUGACAUCUCGUUCAAUGAAAUUGACUCAGUCGAUUUGGUUGUUUUAGUGUCACUGUGCGGGCAUGCAAUCCAUUGUAGAGACUUUUAGAAAAUAAUAUAUGGACACGAAAGUUUUUAUUACGAUGUGGAGGAUUAAAUCAAUGAAUAUGAAGUUUGUUUAUUUGUUUAUUGUUGUUUGUGUGGUACGAGGGGAUGCUGCAGUCCCUGCCACAGGAUCAGCAGCAGAAUUAUAUCCUAAUCAGACUCUCACAUCCGAAAAGAAGCUGAGCGAGACGAUACUUGAAGUACUUAACCACUAUAAGCAAAAAGAUCCAUUGGGUAUCCCGGGAGCACCCAUACCGGAUCCCAUGCCUCUACCAGACAUGAGCAAAUCCUUUUCCGUUGGAAGGAUGUUUUUUAAAAACAUGAAACUUCAUGGUUUGCGAAAGUUUAGAAUCCAACAUGUGAGUGUGGAUGUUACCAAAAUGAAGCUGGAAGCGACUUUGUCUAUUGAUGCUUUGACUACCAAGGGAAACUAUACGCUGAGGUCUUUGUUUUCUAGAGGGGCUGGGCCUUUUACAGUUAAACUAACUAAGGUAGUAGUAACAGCGAUAGCGACAAUGGAGGUACAGGUAGAUGGAACGUUAGAGGCCCAAGAUAUGGACAUGGACUUGAAAAUUGCUAAUAUUGACAUGGAUUUCAAAGGAAUGGGAGUUUUGCAAGGUGUGGUGAACUCAGUUGGAACUUUCUUCUUCGACUCUAUGAAACCAUUCGUACUUCGUGAAGCAAACACAAACAUGAGAGCAGAUAUCAACAAAGAAAUAAAAAAAAUGGGGAAGACUUUCCCCAACUCCAUUUCCCCUUUCGACCAACUGAUCUUCGACAUCAGAAACAAAGUUAGAGGCAUGGGAUACGAUCCUUUCUUAGCACCAGACUACAACACCACUGCUGGUAUCUUUGAGAUCAAUCUUAGUAACACCUGGGUGUAUGGUUUGGCGUCGUUCCAUAGAACCAAGGACAUCAAGUUCGAGAUGAAGAACAGGUCUAUUAAUGCUUUGCUGGAGGUCGGUACUGGGAAGCUGUUGGGGACCAGUAACUGGGAUGUUAAUGUGGUAGCGGGAAUUUUAUCUAAGGAUGGAUCAGUGGAAUUUUCUGUGGACUAUUUUAAGGUCCACAUAAACAUCAGCCAGAACAUGGACACUUCGAUCCCACCAUCGUUAGAAGACAUUCAGUUAGAACUCGGCAACAUACAAAUUAGAUUCGAUGGGUUAGGUACUGUGGAUUAUCUCAUCGAAUUCGGGGUCAAUGUUAUUCCGAACCUCUUAAGGUAUCAAAUAAUGGAUGCCGUGGAGAAACCCAUAAAGUUUAAAAUCCAGGAAGCCUUAAAUCAAAUCACGAUCGAGAAGUUGAUAAAGCAGAAUGCCGAACAGCUGGAUACUGGGAGAUUCGACAAUAUGCAAAUAAUUAUAUGAUAGUUAAUAAAAUAACGAAAAUUUUAUUAAAAUUUAGUAAAAUUUAUUGAAUAAGUAUCUGAUGAAUUAAAUUAUUAAAACACUAAUAA